AUGAAAACAAUAAAAAAUCAAAUUUUUAAUAAUUUUAAAAAUAUAUCUCCAAGUGAGAUUCCAUUCUUAAUAAAAAAAUGUAUAUAUCAAGGUUUUACAUUUCCAGAUGAUUUGAAGUUUUUUUCCGAGAAGACUUAUCAGUAUAUUGAUGAGUUUAAGUUAUUGCAUAUCACGUCACUGUUGCACUCAUUUUCAAUUCCUAUAUAUCGCAAUUUUCAGUUGUUUACAACGUUAUCAAACAGAAUUAGGAAUCAGUUGAAGGUGGAGUCGCCUUCAGUGGAGCAAUCCAUUAAAAUAAUUAACUCGUGUGGAAGACUGCACUACUCUGAUUCAGAGCUGAUUGAAACCCUGGUAGGAAUAGUUAAAGCGAAUAUAGAAACCAUAACGACGAAGAACCUGGUAUCAAUACUGCACUCCCUGACGAAGUUGAGGUUCCCAGACGUGGAAUUAUUGUCUAGUUUGUCGCUGGUUGCCGCGAAAGGCCUGGAAGAAAUCAGUGAUGUGGCACUGGCAAACCUGACCAUAGCAACCAGUAAGAUACACAGAAGCGAAUUCACAGGGAACGCAGAACUGCUGGAGAAUGGAAGGAAACUAAUGUCACAGCUGUUGCCAGAAAUAAAGUCUAGGUCAAGCACGUCAUCGCCCUUGGAUAACCUGAGGCACGUAAUAGCAUUAUCGAACAUGAAACACCUGAUAACAAGCGAACUUGACCUGAAGGAGUGCCUGGAUAAACUUUUGAGGUUCAUCAACUGCUCAGUGCUGUACUAUGAACACCUGAUACUCCUGUUCGAGUGUGUGAAAACGCUGAAUUACACAAAUGAAGACUUCGUGUUCGAUAACCUAGUGCCGAGUUUGCUAAACAAGAGGACAGAACACAACGCAACCGCAGAGUUUGAUUUGAGAUUGCUGAAAUGCUUGUCCGGCACGGGAAACCUGAGCAGAAGUAGCGAGUUUCUACUGGACCAAGUUUUAGAAAACCUAUCGAAAAAGAUAUGGAGACACCCUAAGCUGAUAAAACACGCAUUUAAUCUGGUUAACACAACGGAGGCUGACCCAACGCCCUUUUUAAAAGGACUGCAGGAGUACCUGGAAAGGUCAAACAAGCAGCUGGAUUCCGGUGCAACUGCCGAGAUAAAGUCGUCAAUGCAAAGGUCAAAGGAGGAAUGGAAUAAGCUGGAAUUACUGAUAGAAAGUUCAAUCACACUUAAGCAGCUAGUAACUCGACGAAACGAACAUAGUGUAGCCCGUACAAAUAAGCAAAAGGUAAAUUAG